CUAGUUUCCUACUUUUGUUUUACCCGGGAAAUUGCGAAAUAUAAUACAUAUUCCUCAUUGUUUACAUUCAGGAUUUAACUGGUGAAAAUACUACUUUUUGCAUACAUGUAUCGUAAAUUUCCUAAUUGUCAUUCUACUAUUCAUUAAUAACAUCUCCCACAUUUGUGAUUCAAAACAAUUUGUCACUAAUUUAAAAACUGUAAAUUAAAUUAAAAAAUUUUAACUUAUCGUUAAAUUAGAUCAUGAAUUGAAUGUUUUGAUUAUGAUAUAAAGAAAAUUUAACAUAUAAAUUUUUAAUAUAAUUAUUCAGUGACAGAAAAUAUGUAGAAAAAAACUCUUUGAUUAUUAUAAAAAGAAAAUAUAAAAAUGGAUUUUUCCUCUUCAGAAGUGCUUUCACGAAAGCUCACUUUACCUCACACCUUACCAGAAUUUAUUGAAAGGUUCGAUCAAGAAAUAAAUCCUUACUUGAAAGUUGUUGACUUUAAUUAUUUCCUCAAUAUAUGCUUGGAGAGCUUUUAUGAAGAAGAAUCUGAACGUACAUUGUUUUUCCAAUUUGUUUCACGAAUUCCUGAAUUGUUUGAUGAUGUUUUAAGAUUUGAUAACAAUACUGGAAAUGAGAAAUUUGAGAAGGAAACUAAGUUACAGUGCUACAAUCAUAUAAUGGAUGCUUUUCUGCAGAGUUUUACUUAUACAAAAUCUACACCUGAGGUCAUGUCAGUGCUUCAGGCUUCUGUCAUUUUGCUGAACAAAGGUUAUAGCCAUUGUAAAGAUUGUGAAAUCAUCUAUGGUGAUUUACUUGAGGAAUUUAAAAGCCAGUUGGGUUCCUUUCUUAACAAAAUGCAAGAUGUUAUACAAGAAAUUAGACUAAAAUUUUCAAGAAUAUUGGAUCAAAAAUUGCAUUUGGAUCAGUUUCAUUUUCUAAAACCAAUUAUUUGUGACUUGAAUAAGCUUUGUGAGUUAGUGUUUAUCCUUGAUUCACGAGUUGGAAUGGAUUUAUACAAAAUACUCAUUAUGUUAAUUGAAACAUAUAAAGAAAUUGGACGUAUUGAGUUACAGAUAGAUUCUAUGUUGACUGGAUUAUUUUCUGAAAUAAUUAGUAUUGGAGAGGAAUUCAGACUUGACAUAAACAAUAAAAAGGAGAUUCCUGUUCCUGAGUGCAGAAUGUUUUUAUUUAAACUUAAUGUUGUAAAGAAAAUUAUUAAGAUGUUUCCAAGUUUCAUUAAAGAAAAUCUCCAAAGUACUAUUCAUCUUGUAUUAAAUCUUUAUGAGUUGCUUAUUUCAUGUUAUCUUAAAUUCCCCACAGAGAAUGAGGCAAAAUGCUUAAAAAAUAUCUUACUUGAAAAUAUCAGUCCCAUGCUUUCCUUGUUUUAUUAUUCUGAAAAAACAUUUCUGACUUCUGUACUUCUUUUGAACUCUAAAGACGUUUCUUCUGACCUUCAAAUACCUCAUUUAUUGUUGAAGUUGUCGGCUUUAAGUUUUAUACUAGCUUCUGGAGACCAAGAUAGACUGUCAGAAAAAAAAGAUGUUAUACAAAGUAUUUUUCUAAUGCUUGAAAAAAACAUUCCAAGAGAUGAUAUGCUUAUUAUUUCUUUACAACUUCCUCUGUCUUUAUAUAAACUAUCAAAAAGUUUAUUAGCAUUUCAUCAAUCACAGAGUGGAGCAGAACUUGAGGAACUAAGAUCAGCUACAUUAUAUUGUCAUGCUUAUCUUCAUGUAAGUGAAUACUCUAAGGGUAUGUCGGAUUCUGAUGUACAAAAUCUGGAAAACUUUGUGAUUGAUUUCUUGCUUAGAGAUUCCAGUAUAUCUGCUACUAUUUUAAUUUCGGACAUGUGGAUUUAUCGAUUAAGAUGCAGUUCUGCCGAAAACUUAUUCGCUAGAUGUUUAAGUUUUUCUAAAAGACUUUCAGACUUGCCAUCCAAUAGUGUAGGCAAAUUACUUUUUAAAAGAAUGAUAAAAUUUCUGCCUCUGAAUCUUAAGGAAAGGCUUUUUGAGCAAGAUGAACAGCUUAAAGUUCUUGUGGAUGGACAAGAUAAAAUUUUGCAUCGAUAUGGUGCUCCACAGCUCAGCAAUAAUUUCCAAGUUAAUGAAAAUAAUGUUGAUAAAAAUAUUUCUGCUUUGCUAGACGAACUGAAAAAACAAGAUUUCACAAAUAAUGAACAGCUGGUAAGAAAAGCUUGUCAUAUUUUAGAGUUAUUUGCAGUUUGCGUAAAUGUAUUGGAGAUUCAAGAAUUUUUGAGGUUUGCUGAGUUUGCUACUCUUAUGUUUAAAUCAGAAAUUUACGAAAUACAGAUUGCUGUGCUUACAUUCUUAAGAGCAUUGAAUUUUAAAAAAUUCAAUGAUAAAGAUCCACUGUUUGCUAAUGUUCGUGGAAGCCUUGCAGUUUUAUAUAAUGAAGCACUAAGAACUAAAAACUACAUUGUUAGAGUGGAAGCUCUCUCUAUAUUUUACACCAUGGCUCAGUUUACAGAUAUAAGAAUAACUCAAGAAACAAUUGCGAAAUUUCCUGAGUUAUAUCCUGGUAUAAAAGCAUAUGUUUCUGAGACCCCGGAAGCAGGCUUUUUAGCAUCUGACGACAAAAGCGAGCUUUUAGAAAAGCAGGUAUCCAGCUUUGAUGGUAAAGCAAAGCAAUCCAGUAAUGUCUCAAAUGGGAGUAAAUCAGUGUUAUCACUGUUGAAACCAUUUUAAAGUGCAUUAAUAUCUGUCUCAUCAUUAUCAAAUAUAUCUAUUUUCAUUUAUCAACUUUAAUAUAAUUGAUAAAAUUU